AUGUGCUACGGCAACGACCGAUUGCCCACGAGAGACGACCUCGUGGAGGCGGCGCCGCCGGAGAACGAAGACAGGGUGAUGGUGGUGGAGAAUCUGAGGGAUCGGCUGGCGGAGACGGAGGCGCGGCUGGAGCGAGCCAGGGCGCGGGAAGCUGAGCUGAGCUGCUGCCUCGAUGAGAUGAAAAAGUUUGUGCGCGUCAUGGAGAUCCUCGAAACCUACCUCCGCCGCCAGUACGCCGAACAGCAAGAUCGGCUCACGCGCCUAUACUCUUCUUCUUCUUCUUCUUCUUCCUCUUCGCGUUUGGUACCCUCAAAAUAGCUUGCGUUUUUGUUUUAUUUUUCUUUCUUUAUUAUGAAAAGAAUGUAGGGAUUAUAUAAUAGUGGUAUCUUCUCUGUAGUAUUCGUGCUAUACUGGCGCUGACUAUGACAAUGUGCAGAUGGCUAUGUAUAUUUCAGUUAUGCUGUUAAUGAUGUGAAUCUGUUUCA